UCUUUCAUCACUGCAAGAAACAUAAUCACAACUCUCCUUCUCUAUCUAUCUUCUGCUUUAAAUGGCGUCCCAAGAUUCCCAAGGGAUCAAACUCUUCGGCAAAACCAUAACAUUCAACGCCGGUAAUCUUACACACACGAUUAAAAAAGAAGAGCAGCAACAGCAGCCAGAGAUACAAACAAAACCAGCCGCUAGAUCACCAUCAUCAUCAUCGGAUCUAACGGCGGAGAAGCGUCCAGACAAGAUCAUAGCAUGUCCGAGAUGCAAGAGCAUGGAGACUAAGUUCUGUUACUUCAAUAACUACAACGUUAAUCAACCAAGACAUUUCUGCAAAGGUUGUCAGCGUUACUGGACCGCCGGUGGAGCUCUCCGGAACGUUCCCGUCGGCGCCGGUCGUCGGAAAGCCAAACCUCCGGGUCGUGUCGGUGGGUUCGCAGAGUUGCUUGGGGAUGCGACUGGAACCGUUGACCAGGUCGAACUUGACGCUUUGCUAGUGGAAGAGUGGAGAGCAGCUGCUUCUCACGGUGGUUACCGGCAUGAUUUUCCGGUGAAGAGACUCCGUUGCUACACCGACGGUCAAUCUUGUUGAUUAUCUUUUCAUAUUGUUGGUUCUUGUUUCGGGUUUGGUUUGGGUUUGGGUAUAACCCGGUAGAAAGAACGUGGUUAUGUUUUCUUUUGAUUUGCUUACUGGAUACGUACAGGCUAGCAACAAAAACUAACUAGUUAAAUAAUUAAUUAGGAGGUUUAAGUACUUGCUUUUCAAAACAAAAAAGUAUUUAGCUUCUCUUCUUAACAGUUAACAGCUGUCGCUUUUCUUUUUUAAUUUCUCUUGUUGAAAAUUUUAGUUGUAAAUUGAAGCUCGUGGGAUUUUUCUGCUAUAAAGAAAGAGACGGUGUUGUUGACCA